GUAUUGUGGGUCAAAUACUGUACUGCGUCCAGUACAGUACCGGCCGAAAACCCGUAUUAAACCCCCAGUACAGUACAGUAUGGAGACCUGUAGUAAGCGCAAAAGUACAUUUAGUACAGUAUCGAAAGCUGUACUAAACGUACUAUUGGGCUUAGUACAGUACCGAGAGCCGUACUAAACCCCCAGUACAUACAGUACAGUACGGCCCUAUUCUUACUGAAAUACUGGAAAGUACGUUUAGCACGUACUAUACUGAAGGGAACCUUGGUUGUUUGGGCUGUCUCGCUGCACACAAUCGGCCGUUGACUUUUGACAUCAUCGCACAUACUGGAAAGCAAUCUCCACAUCAUGCCAACCAGCGCGAAAGUUGGCACGCUCACAGAAUCAUUGCAGCACAGCUAUUUCCCACCAGCGGGCAGUGGGCGAUGCGUGUGUGUGCCGCACGGCCAGUGGGCCACACGCAGUCCCGUGAGGGGUGGCGCCAGGGAGUUCAGCUCAUCACGGGGGGUGCAAAAGGGGCGCAGUGCAACUCUGGUCGGCACUGGUGCGCCAGGUACAAGAGUGCAUGCGCGGGCCUCCAGGCCGUCGGUGUAGGCAGCAAUGCCCAUCGCAUCGUUGUGCGCGGAGGCGGACGCCAUCAGAAAGGUGGACGGGCACCAUGUACACGGCCCUAGGCUUGCUAGAAGGAGCUGUACUGUCUCAGUUACCUGGUUUUGCCAACAAAGGAGGAGGGGACAGGUGGUGACGAGCUGAUUGGGCUGGUUGACCCUUCGGUGCGAGAAUUUUAGACCAAGAACCCUAAGUGCAACAAGGGAGAAAGCGAGGAAUCGACUGGGAAGGACAGCAUCGAGAGCGUGUACGAAGCGGAGUGGGUCGAGUUUGGUCGUGCUAGGACUGGCCACAGCGGCACCGGAGAAGCGGCAACGGAGCAGCGGCACCGGUGCAGCGGAACCGGAGCAUGCGGACGGCAUCGAACCAUGGCGCACGCACAAACAUCUCUUGUGUCCUCAGUUAUUUUCCGUUUUUUUCCUGAAUGUAGGGGUUGGGUGUGUGUGAUGACGUCACUGGUUUUGUAGAGAAAGGCGGCAGAGAUGGCGCGGAUAACCCGGGUGCCUUAAUUGUGUUCCUGCAUCGUGGAAAGCCCCUUCAAUCUGGAACGAUUCCUAGUCAGUGUCGAUGUUUAUACUGCUCUGUCUAACACAGAUGAUCUGGAUAUAUUCGGGCGAUUACCAAUUGCAAUGAUUGCUUUGGUCGGUUGUUUUUCUUCAAUGUAUGUCCACGGACUCAUUCUGACAGCACUCAAGACAGCAGCUGCAUGCCCCGAGCUUGUUGUGUACCAUGCACCAUGGUGUUAUUGUUGUACAGACAGCUCUUCAGACAGCAUUAGUGCGCUGUAGUCGACAAACAUUCAUUUUGGUUAAGUGCGGGACAAGCGGGGUGAUACUGCUGCUGUUGUCGAAUUGUAGUGUGUGGGCGUGUAGGUCAGUUGUGAGCACGCAAACGUGCUGCAGGGAUGGUAGGUGUACCUCUUCGGGCUUGUGUACCCUUUUCUUGCUAAUGGUGUAUGUGUUCUUUAGAACUUCUGAUGGCUCUAGCAUUUUUUGUGACCACGGGCCGAGUCUUUGCUUAGAUUCUGGGAUUAGC